AUGACCAGGCACUGCCCAUACAUAGUUACGGCCGCAUUUAUGGUGCUCUCCGUUGUACUCUUUUUUAAAUUCGUCGAUCGGGCUGUGCUUCAAGCCAGCGAACGUAUUGCCCGGAAUAAACGUGUGCGGUUUCGAAAUGCACAGAUUCGAUGCCUCACUAGAAAGGGUCUGCCGUACGAAGAGUUUCUUGAAAAAGUGCUGCAAUCGAAAACGAUCCAUAAGCAAUUCGAUGGCUUGCAGCAAGAUUUGGCCAGUUGGCCAAAUGAUAUUAGUGCUAUAUUCCGUCAAAUCCUCAUCGAUUAUCUACAUCAUUUCAGCGGUAAAAUUAUUAGGUGCGAAAGAAUUCAUGUUUUACACAAAAAAAAUGAGGCAUGCUUCUCAACUACUGAUUACACCGAGAAACAAAUGCAUCCGGGCUAUCAUUAUGCGUAUUUCAUGUUAGUGAUCGUUAUUGGGAUGAUUCCGUACGCCGAUUAUGCAACCAUGUCCUGUUGGCUUCUUUCAAAUUGA